AUGAACGAAUAUGGUAAUCAGCUUUACUCAAAUCAGCCUAUAAUAAUUGAUAAUGGAAGUGGGUAUAUAAAGUCAGGUUUUGCAGGUGAUGACAUUCCCAACCUUGUAUUUCCUUCCUACGUAGGGAGGCCUAAGUACAAGCGAGUCAUGGCAGGGGCAGUAGAGGGAAAUUUGUUCGUAGGAAAUAAAGCGGAAGAAUAUAGAGGCUUAUUAAAAGUUACGUACCCCAUAAAUCAUGGAAUUGUUGAGAACUGGAAUGACAUGGAAAAUAUUUGGAUACACGUUUACAAUUCUUUGAAAAUAAACGCGGAGGAACACCCAGUGCUAUUAACAGAGGCCCCACUAAACCCUCAAAAGAAUAAAGAAAAAAUUGCCGAGGUUUUCUUUGAAUCUUUUAAUGUACCUGCCUUAUUUAUAUCUAUUCAAGCAAUACUCUCUUUAUAUUCCUGCGGCAAGACGAAUGGGACUGUUCUUGAUUGCGGAGAUGGCGUUUGUCAUUGUGUAUCCAUUUAUGAGGGAUACAGUAUAUCAAAUACCAUAACUAGAACGGACGUCGCAGGGAGAGAUAUCACAACUUAUUUAGGAUACUUGUUGAGAAAAAAUGGUCAUUUAUUUAACACUUCGGCUGAAAUGGAAGUAGUGAAAAACAUGAAGGAAAAUUGUUGUUAUGUUUCUUUUAAUAUAAGCAAAGAAAAAAAUUCUUCGGAAAAAUCUCCUACCACUUUGCCUUACAUACUUCCCGACGGGUCACAGAUACUGAUAGGCUCUGAGAGGUACCGAGCGCCGGAAGUGCUGUUCAACCCAUCAAUUCUGGGGUUGGAAUAUUUGGGAUUGUCAGAACUGAUAGUUACAUCAAUAACAAGAGCAGAUAUGGACUUGAGAAAAACAUUAUAUUCUCAUAUUGUAUUAUCAGGAGGGACUACACUCUUUCAUGGUUUUGGGGAUAGACUAUUAAACGAAAUUAGGAAAUUUGCCCCCAAAGAUAUAACAGUACUGCCAAAUUUCAGCUUUAUACGAAUUAGCGCGCCCCCGGAAAGGAAGUUCAGCACAUUCAUAGGGGGGUCCAUUUUAGCUUCUUUAGCAACUUUCAAAAAAAUAUGGAUUACUAAACAGGAAUUCGAUGAAUACGGAUCUAUGAUAUUGCACAGGAAGACCUUUUGA